AGUGAUGACGCCAACACCCACUCGUCCGAGCCUUCCCCCUUCCCCGCCCCCCGCCAUCCCCUCCUGGACCUCCUCCCUCGCUCGAGGCCCAUAACCAUCCAUGCCGCUACUUCGCUCGAGGAAGCCCACUCGUGUCUUGACACACUCUUCAGACUCGGCAGAACAUAAUCCAGAAGCCCCCUCUCUCGCUUCGCCCAAGCUAGCUCCCUCGCCUUCCAAGCCCGGCCUCACUUCCACAGCAAGGCCCCUUGCUCCCAUUCUUGCCAAUACCACGGACCGCGUACCCACCGUGCCCGUCGACACACCACGUCUUGUCGUCUCGGACGCCUACUGCGACAGCCCGACAGACGUGGUUAGCGCCCACGCCGUCGGCCUCGAGGCAGCCAUGUCUGAAGCCCUCGACACGGACCAGGCGCAUGAGCUCGCGAGAGAAGGUCGCAAAGCUCACAGAGACUCAAUAGUGCAGCGAGUUGCCGAGCGUAUCCACUCGCCCCCAGCGACCGAGAGCCGCAAGAAGAAAAAGGGGCGCCGCUCACGACGCGCCUCUACAUCAUCUGCGAUAUCCCAAGGCAACACUAUCGCUGCCGCGCUUGCCAAGAGCGGAUUACAGCCUGCAGAAGGCGCAUCUUCCCAAAGAGCCGUCUCGGUAGGCAGGUCCCCGUAUCUCUUGAGCACCCAGGACUAUGACAGUGAUGACGGCUACGGCUCCGAGGACGACAGCGAGAAUGUUAGCGAGGAUGAUGGGAUCGAUCACCUUCCCGUGACCGGGUUCGCGGUGGCGAGCAACCGCCGCAAUGCCGAGUUUCAUGGGCUCUUUCCCACCGUGGACGAGGGCGACUAUUUGAUUGAAGACUACGGCUGUGCUUUGGCAAAAGACAUUCUCGUUCACGGCAGGCUAUACGUCUCAGAAAACCACAUUUGCUUCCACUCCAACCUGUUCGGGUGGAUCACCGAUGUGGUCAUUCCCUUCGCGGAAGUGCAGACCAUUGAAAAGAAAAUGACUGCGUUAGUCAUUCCCAACGCGAUCGGGGUAACUACCAGCAAGGAAAAGUACACAUUUGCCUCACUCAUUUCUCGCGACUCUACCUUUGAUGUACUCAUGAACAUUUGGCGAAUCGCCCAUCCGGGUGCAGAAAUGCCAAACGCAGUUCCGAAUGGCACCUCUCGCCCGGCCUCUGUUACCGAAGGUACUUCGCCUGCGCCCGCCGCGACUCAUUCAUCGACGGAGUGUCUGUGCAGCAAGACGGGACAACACUACACAGAGCUUGCCCUCGACACCACCUUCCCGAGCUCUCCAGACAAAGUCUACAACCUCAUGUUCAACAGCGGGUGGUACCGCUGCUUCUUAUCUGACAACCAGAAGUUAAAAGACAUUGAGUCAUCUGACUGGCGGCCCGACGAGGGAGGCAAGCUCAAUCGCUCUACUUCCUACAUUAAGCCUCUGAAUGGCUCUAUUGGGCCUAAGCAGACGAAGUGCCACAUCGUCGACAUGCAAGACCACUGCGAUUAUGACGAAUACAUCUCAAUGAUCACCACCACGCGAACACCUGAUGUCCCCAGUGGGGGCGUCUUCAGUGUAAAGACGCGCACGUGUCUCACCUGGGCCGGUCCAGGGUCCACACGCGUUGUUGUGACCACCGAAGUCGAGUGGACCGGAAAGUCCUGGGUAAAGGGCAUCAUCGAGAAGUCGGCGAUCGAUGGCCAGAAGCAGUAUCACGAUGAUCUCGCCAACGGUAUGAGAGCGUACAUGAAGGAGCACCCAACCGAGUUCACCGUUGCUGGUGCUGAGGACGCUGAAGAGGUCCAGGAAGAGGCUUCCAAGGGUGGAACAACAAGUAUCAAAACAGAAGCGCAGGAAUUUGCUGCCAAGAACCGACGUGCACGACAAGACGCCGACUACUGGCAGCUACAGGGUGCUCUUGACUCUGUACUGAGCGGUUUCACCUCGAUCGCUUCCGGCAUCGGCACCGCCUACAAUACCAUCAGUGAUCUCCUCAGCGACUCGCCUAUCAGCAAGGCAUCAUUUAUGGCUGCGCUUAUCGCCGUCCUUGUCGCUUCCAACGUAUACACCUACGUCGCGCAACCCGAGUCCAAGCACAAGGAAAAGCGCCUUCAACGAUUUGGGUACGAGAACGACGUCGCUGAAGCAGUGAAGUAUGUCCUCGAUCGUCGGGCAGCCGCGACACCCAAGGACGAGAUUGCACAGCUUCUUCUGCUCCUGGAUGAGGUCGACGAGCGCUCCGUCGCCCUUCGCAGAGCUUUGCAACGUGCUGGGUUGAAUGGGGAGUUGGAGUCGGUCAACAGAGAGGAUGAGCUAGAUUAGUGUUGGCGACCUGAGACGAUCAUGCAAGACAUUAUCAAUCUCCUCCGUUUGGCCCGAUCGU